AUGCAGCGACUUAGGAAGCAACACGAACCCACCUGGGUAUGGCGCUAUAAGCACCAUACCGAGGUCCUCCAAAACAUCCGGACCCACCUUACCCUCUUACUCAACGAGUCUAUCCCCGACUCUUUCGUCCGGAUGCUCAACGUCAAGCUCCAUCCUCUGCACUUCUCCACCGGGAAGACUUUUACCGACCCCGCCGCUUCUUUUGAUUAUUUCUUCAUUCCCACCGACAAGCGGGUCUCUUGGAACAACAAGAACGAACCUAUUGAGCGCACGAUUGAGUUCCCCGAGAGCCUUGGCAAGCCUCAUAAGCCCUCCUCCUGGCCAACCGACGAAGAUAUUCAGCUUCAGAAGGAUCUGGAAGAGGAGCUUCAGAAAUUCUGUCGUCUUGCCGACUCCAACCAAUUAUCGAAACGGAUGACCCCCAUUCCCCGGCCCAAAAAUAUGGACAAAGAGAACGUUCGCACUUUGGCCGGCUCUGUCAAUUUCCACGUUUCUCGAGCCGUGGAGCACAGGCACGGUGCCCGAGUCAUUACCCUUGUGCCAGAGGCAUACCCCAACCCUGCCCGGCCCUCGUCGACUGAGAUCCAAGUUCUCAUUACCGUCAUCACCCAGGGCCUGCGCCAGCAGAGCAUCGAAUUUGGUUUGUCCGACCCUAGGGCUAGAACCAAGCUGCAUUUGGAUUCCGUCAACUAUGUCAUCCCAACCCUUAUUAUCUCCGUCUACCCCGGUGCUCAUGUCCGGGUUUUGUACGGCUAUAUGGUCAACAAUGAGCUCCACCUUCAUUUCACCGAGCUCCAACAAUUCAACAAUGACAAUUUCCCGUCCAUGAUGGAGGAGACUCUUCGCUGGGCUUUCCCUAUUGCCCGAGGCCAAGCCGCCAAGCUGAUUACUCUCCCUGAUCUUAUGGAGAUAGAUGAAGAAGAUGAUGUUGAAGUGGAAGUCUGGGAAGAUGUUGAAGAUUGUACUGUGCACCUCUACACCACUCACGAAGAGGUUGAUGAUCAUGUACAGGGGACGAAUCAGGAGUGUAUGAUGAAUUUUUCCUCAACCACCUCGACUUUCACCACCACCACCACAAGGAAGAUUAAGGGCAAGAAGAACUCCAAGAAGAAGGGUUGA